AUGGUCUCCUGCUGUGUUCCAGACAACUGUUUGGACAGAUCUGCUCUUCACGUGGCGGCCUUCGAGGGCCGACUGCUCCUCCGGCAUGACCUCCUCGCCCAGGGAGCGGAUGUGGACACGGUCACCGUGGACAAUGUCUCCGCUCUCCACGAGGCCUGUCUCAGCGGGCACUACGAGAGUGCCAAGCUGCUGCUGGAGAACGGUGCAGAUCCGGACAGAGUCACGCUGGCUGGAGGAACGCCUCUCUUCUACGCCUGCAGCAGCGGGAACGCCGCUUGCGUUCAGCUCAUCUUGGAGCGCGGCUCGUCUCCGCACGCCGGCCGGCGUCGGGCCUCCCCCAUCCACGAGGCUGCCAAGAAGAAUCAUCAGGAGCGUCUGCAGCUGCUGCUGUCCUGGGGGGCGCAGGUUGACCUGGAGCUGCCGCUGGGGGGAACGCCGCUCGACUGCGCCUGCAUGGCAGCGGCCUGCGCACAGGCCUUUGAACCGCUCCUGUUGUGUCCUGCGGGGGCAGACGUGAGGCUGGGAUGUGGGCAGGACGGUCCUCUGCACGCCGCCGUCCGAGGCGGCGCCGCACAGAUCGUCACGCUCCUGCUGGACUUUGGGGCCGACGAGUGUUGCAGGAAUGAAGACGGACAGACCCCCCCGGACCUGUCGGCGGAAUGCAGCGCCCCUCGGAGCCAAUCAGCUGCAAUCGGCCGCUGCAGAGAGGAGCCGCCGCCCGGCUGGACAGGUUGA